ACUAUGUCAAGUACCGUCCUACUACCUAGGGUAUAUAUCUUUCAACAACAUUUUCCAUCAAACGUUCUUUUCAAUAUCCAGUAAAGAGACGCAAACAAGUUCGCCAACAUACAUCACCAACUCAUCUGGAAUAAUGCAGUUGAAAAAUAUCAAACGGCUUGAGCUGCCGGCUACCGCAGAUAUGCACGUUCAUCUGCGACAGGGCGAUAUGGCGAAAUUAAUUGCUCCCACUGUGCGCCAAGGAGGUGUUGAUACGGCGUUUGUCAUGCCUAAUCUCGUACCUCCCCUAAUUACUGUUGCUCAGGUGCUUGAAUACCAAAAACAACUCAUGGCCAUAACUCACGGCGUCAAAUUUCUCAUGUCACUUUUUCUUCAUCCUUCUAUCACUCCAGAGGUUAUUGCCCAAGCUGCUGAAGCGGGAAUCACGGGGGUGAAGAUGUACCCCCAAGGGGCUACAACAAACUCCGACUCUGGAGUCUCCAACCUUGAAUCGUUCUACGACACCUUCUCCGCCAUGGAAAAACACGGAUUGGUACUUAACCUGCAUGGUGAGGUCCUAGAGUCCCUUGCCCCGUCAGGCACAACCCUGGAAGAGGCAUUUCUUCCCACUCUAAAAACGCUACAUGAGCGAUUCCCGGACCUACGUAUCGUGCUUGAGCACUGUACUACUGCAGCAGCUGUAGAGGCUGUCCGGGCUUGCGGGCCUACAGUUGGCGCGACGAUUACCGCACAUCAUCUGUAUCUGACCUCUAAUGAAGCCUGCUGUGAUCCUUUCGCCUUCUGCAAGCCAAUCCCAAAGGAGCCCACAGAUAGAGACGCUCUGGUGAGGGCAGUUACGAGCGGCGACCCAAAAUUCUUCUUCGGAAGUGAUAGCGCCCCCCACCCCCUUCAGUCCAAAACAUCUGCGUCUAAGGGUAAAGCGCCAGCAGGAGUUUACACACAACCAUACGUGACACAACUCGUUUUGGUAGCCCUUGAGGAGGCAAUUGAGCGUGGUGUAAUUAUGGAAGCCGACGUGACACAAGACAAGCUGGAAGGAUUCCUCAGCCGCUUUGGCAGAACAUUUUAUAGGCUUCCUGAGUCUCCGGAAAAUAGAAUCAUUUUGGAGAGAAAAGAGGAGAAGAUACCUGUAAGUGUAGUAAGUGAAAAGGGGGAUAUUGAGGUAGGGAUUUCCAAGGCUGGGACAGAAGUGUUCAGCUUGACCUGGGAGCAAGUGUGAUGAGUUAUGAGUUAUACUAGAUAGUCCCUAGAUAAAAUAUGCUAUGUAGCUUCAUUGGGGUUGCCAUGUUUUCAAUACAUAUCAAUUUGAUCAGUGAUCGAUCUAGUAGGCAGAUAACUUACUAGGUAUGCAACUGGUGUAUCUGGUGAAAGUAGGAAAGGGGGGAAAGGGGAAAAGGGGCACUACAAACUGUGUAGUUGGCAACUGUAGCCAGCUGGAGAAUGCCGAAGCGCAAUCUUAUCUACCUGGGUAAGAUGGG